CGGCAAUAAUGCAAGUGAGAAAGAUAGAUAUGGAGCUAUAUUAAUUAUAUGCCAUCAUAUUAUUGAGAGUCUCAAAGAUCAGUAUUUGACUAUUGAGAAUCCUCUAGACCUUUGGACAUAGUUGAAAACGAGAUAUGAUCACCAGAGAAUGGUGUUAUUACACAAGGCUAUGUAUGAUUUGAGGAAUCUCAUAAUCCAGGACUUCAAGUCCGUGGACGAGCAUAACUCGGCCCUAUUUAAGAUAGUUUCUAAAUUGAAACUGUGUGGUGAGGAUAUAACGGAUAAAGAUAUGCUUGAGAAAACCUAUUCCACCUUCCACACAAGCAAUGUGUUGUUACAACAACAGUACCGAGAGAAGGGCUUCACAACUUAUGCUAAUCUGAUCUCUUGUCUCUUGCUCGCUAAGCAGAACAAUGAACUGUUGAUGAGAACAGGGCAAUUGAGACCUCCUGGGACAAACCCAUUACCUGAGGCACAUGCGGCCGUAGAGGAUAAGAAAGAGUCGAACCAUGUCCAGAGUGAUAGCCAACACGGCCGUGGUCGUGGAAAAUGGCACGGACGUAGUGUUCGAGGCUGAAAAUCGUUUGGUCGAGGCCGAGGCAACUCAUAUGGCCGUGGCCAAGGAAACUCUUAUGGAGGCCGUGGUCAUGGCCGAGGCCGUGGUACAUCAUUUAAACUACAAAAUUUGACCAAAUCCAUGUGCCAUAGAUGUGCUAUGGAUAAUCAUUGGGCUAAGACAUGUAGGACUCCCAAACAUC